GUCUGGACAGCUGAGGAAGUGGGCUGCCCCCAGGUUCAGCUGGUAUGAGCUAAUAGUAGACUGACUGUGCCUCUAAAUCCUCUUUCCAGGCUAGAAACCAGACGUACAAGAAGCUCCACUUUUUGUUUGUUCGCAGCCCCUGAAAGGCUCCUCGUGCUCACCUGCCUGUAGAGAUGGCUUUACCCAUGAACCCCAUGGACGAGCCAAGGAUUUACCAGCAGACGCUGCUCCAGGACGGCCUGUUUGAGUUGCUGGAGAACGACAAGCUGGUCGACUGUGUGCUGAAGAUUAAAGACAAGGAGUUCCCCUGCCACCGGCUGGUCCUGUGCGCCUGCAGCUCGUACUUCCGCUCCAUCUUCCUGUCCGACCUGGACGAGAGCAAAAAGAAAGAGAUCGUCCUGGAGGAUGUGGAGCCUGGUGUCAUGGGGCUGAUCCUCAAGUACCUGUACACCUCGAAAAUCAACGUGACAGAGCAAAAUGUCCAGGACAUAUUCGCCGUGGCCAACGUGUACCAGAUCCCCUCAAUUUUUACCGUGUGCGUCUCUUUCCUACAAAAGCGCUUGAGUCUCAGCAACUGUCUGGCGAUCUUCAGACUCGGCCUGAUGCUGGAGUGCCCCAGGUUGGCGGUCUCUGCCCGGAACUAUGCCUGCGAGCGAUUCCAGCUCAUCUCCAGGGACGAGGACUUCCUCCAGCUGCUCCCCAGUGAGCUGGCAGCAAUUUUGGCCAACGACAACCUGAACGUAGAGACAGAGGAGGCCGUGUUUGAGACUCUGAUGAACUGGGUGUCCCAGGACGUAGUGAACAGAGAGAAGGAGCUGCCGGGUUUGCUGGACUGCGUUCGUUUGCGUCUGGUCAAAGAGGAUUACCUGAAAGAAAAAGUGGAGAAGAACACGCUGAUCUCUUCAAAUGCUGAACUGCAGGAGAAGCUGCAGCUGGUUAAGGAUGCUCAUGCUGGGAAAUUGCCAGAGGUUAAAAAAAGCAAGAAGGAAAGUGGUGAAGCAGAGAAAGAUGGAGAGGGGGAGGAUAAAGAGGAGGAGGAGGAGGAAGGUCUUCUCCCUGGCAUCCUGAAUGAUAACCUGAGGUUUGGCAUGUUUGUCAGGAACUUGAUCCUGAUGGUGAAUGAAGCGGGGGCUGUGGCGUACGAUCCGUCAGGGAACGACUGCUUCGUAGCAUCGCUCUCCACACAGAUCCCCAAGAACCACACCAGCCUGGUCACCAGGGAGAACCAGGUGUUUGUGGCGGGAGGAUUAUUCCUGGACGAGCAGAACAAGGAAGAUCCACUGUGCUCCUACUUCCUGCAGUACGACCCGGUGAGUGCUGAUUGGCUGGGGAUGCCUCCUCUCCCGUCUCCCCGCUUCCUGUUCGGACUGGCCGAGGCAGAGAACUGCAUCUUCGUGUUGGGAGGGAGGGAGCUGAAGGAGCAGGAGCACACGAUGGACUCAGUUCUGGUCUACGACAGACUAUCUUUUAAAUGGGGUGAAUCUGAGCCAAUCCCGUACCCAGUUUAUGGACAUGCGACGAUAUCCCACAAUGAUCUCGUCUAUGUGAUCGGAGGAAAGGGGGACGACAAGAACUGUCUAAAUAAGAUUUGUGCAUAUGAUGCCAAGAAAUUUGAAUGGAAGGAGCUGCCACCCAUGAAGACCCCACGCUCCUUAUUCGGAGCCACCGUUCAUAACAACAAAAUCUUCGUGGCAGCAGGAGUCACAGACGACGGCCUGACAGACACCGUGGAGGUGUACGACAUCGCCACCAACAAGUGGUCAGACUUCGUACCGUUUCUCCAGGAACGCAGCUCCCUGAACCUGGUGUCUUUGGCCGGGACGCUGUACGCUGUGGGUGGUUUUGCGAUGAUGCCUUUGGAGAACAGCGAGGAGCUGGUUCCCAAAGAGAUGAACGACGUCUGGAGGUACAAUGAGUCGGAGAAGAAGUGGAACGGGAUCCUCAGAGAGAUCCAAUACGCUUCGGGGGCCACUGUCCUGGGGGUCCGCCUGAACACGCUGCGUCUCACCAAGAUGUGAAACCGCCGCCGCUUCCUGUUUGACGGGAGAAAUCAAUGCUACAGUCCAAGGCAGUUGCACAGUCCAAGGACGGGAAGAGUCACACCCAAGGUCACAAUGACAUCCAACACGAGCAAGCAUGUCAUGAAUCAGCUUGUGUGAUCGGUGUUUGUUUUUAUUUUAUAUAACACUGCUCCAGUUUGUGAUUGUGGCCCGAUUCUUGUCAUGGACAAUUUUCUUUUUUUAAAUUUAUAAUUUUUUUUUAUGUGAUUCAGCAAAAUGAUUCAGUUUGUAAAAUUGUAAACAAUGUGUAGGUCUGCUGACAUUUUUUGCACUGAAUGGAAUAAAAUUGACAAACAUCUACCAAACAUUUGUCUUGAUAAACAUGGAAAAUGUUUCAACAAGACGCUGUGCAUUCACCAACAGAUGGCAGCAAAGUCACAAGUGCUUCAAGAAACAAUUUCACUUUCUCUUUGCAGAAACAAAAACACAGCACAAGUCCACAUUUGCAAUAAUAUAUCUAUACUGUUUAAUAUUGAAAUGAUUUCAUUACGCUCUGCUGUGUUACAGACGGUAGACACUAGUCAAGAAUACAAGAAAAGACAGAAAAUACAGUCUAAUGUUAUUAGCACCCCUAGACACUACUGUCCUUGUACGGUUUUUAGUAUUUUAAUAUAGCUGAACUUGACGACUACUGCUUACACAUGGUCUUUGUACACCAGAGUUAACUAAGACAUAGUGUUUACAUUAUAAAGUGGAGAAUCAGCAAAUGACAGUACACAUUAAGGUGUCUUUAACACAACUGCAAAGUAUGGGAAACGUGGAGGGUAUGUGGAGAAUACAUCUUUGAAUUGUCUACUGCGUUGUUGCCUACGGUCAGUAUCAUCAUAUUUACCUUUGCCCAAAAAGAAGUUUAACGUCACCAUUGAAGAAAAGUUUUAACCAAACCUUCACAUGCAAAAUAACCAACAACACGUGUUCACGUUCUUGUGUCAGCCCAGCAACUGACCAAAUAUGGUCAAAUAUUUUCAGAUGAGUCAAAAAUACUUCAAAACAACAAAUAAACGAGUUGGUCAAAUUGUUUAAAUAGAGU